CACGCACACGGCACACCGGACGGGAAGGGAAACUCUCUGUCACGCUUCUCGCCUCUACCCACCGAUCCCCUCCCUCCUCCCUCUCUCUCUCUCCCCACGCUACGCAUCACCCUGCUCUCCCGGCGAUUGGCGGCGCGGCACGGCACGGCACGGCGACCGGCACCCACCCCCUCCGGCGCGGGCGCGGCGGCUAGUAACCUACUGAGUUCUUUGGGGGCAAUUUACCAGAGCUUGCCAACAUUAUCUCUCCAGCCGUAAAAUAUAUAUGGGCUGACUUUGGAAUUUCAUGGGAGGUUUUGAAGACGAUGAACCACCCUCAAAACGCGCAAAAGCAUCCUCAGUAGAGUCAGCAAAUUUGUCAGAUAGUUUCUGUUAUUCGAAAUCCACUAAUCCUUUGGGAGGUACAAUGGCUAGACCUUUGACUUCCCAGGGGAAAGAAGUGAUGGUUGGUUCUAAAGGUGUUAUUAAGAGGGAUGAAUUUGUGAGGAUAAUCACAAAAGCUCUCUACACUCUUGGUUAUGAAAAAAGUGGGGCUGUUCUUGAGGAAGAAUCAGGUAUAACAUUGCAUUCCCCAUCAGUGAAUCUUUUCAGAAAGCAGGUGCUUGAUGGGAAUUGGGACAAUGCAGUAUCUACCUUGAAUAAACUUGGCCUUCUGGAUGAAAGCAUUGUGAAAUCAGCUGCCUUUUUGUUAUUGGAGCAGAAAUUCUUUGAACUUUUGAGAAAUGACAACCUCAUGGGUGCUAUAAAGACGUUGCGAAGUGAAAUCUCCCCCCUUGGUGUUAACAGAAAAAGAGUUCACGAAAUGUCAAGUACCAUAAUUUCUUCUCCGCAAAAUGUCUUGCUUGGUUUUUCAAAGCUUGGAAUUGAAUCUUCUAACUCACGCCUUAAGCUCCUAGAGGAAUUGCAAAAGGUGCUCCCCCCUACCGUUAUGGUACCCGAGAGGAGGUUAGAGAAUUUAGUUGAACAGGCACUUACUGUACAACGUGAAGCUUGUUAUCUCCAUAAUUCUAUUGAUGGCUUGUCACUUUACAUUGAUCAUCACUGUGGAAGGGAUCAGAUACCAUCUCGAACACUGCAGGUUUUGUGUGCACACCAUGACGAAGUAUGGUUUCUCCAAUUUUCAAACAAUGGGAAGUAUUUGGCCUCGGCAUCAAAUGAUAAAUCUGCCAUCAUAUGGAAGGUCGAUGAAGAUGGAGAACUAUUGCUGAAGCACAUAUUGACUGGUCAUGAGAAACCAGUGAUGAUGGUUGCAUGGAGCCCUGAUGAUAGCCAGCUUCUCACAUGUGGAAUGGAAGAAGCCAUCCGGCGCUGGGAUGUUGAAUCUGGUGAAUGUAUUCAUGUUUAUGAAAAGCCUGGCCUUGGUUUGAUGUCAUGUGGUUGGUUUCCGGAUGGAAAGCAAAUAUUGUCUGGUCUAUCUGAUCAAAGCCUUUGCUUGUGGGAUUUAGAUGGUAAAGAAGCAGAUUGUUGGAAAGGGCAGAGAUCAUCAAAAACACUUGAUUUUGCUGUAGCAAAAGACGGCAAACUUAUAAUAAGCAUGAAUAGAGACUGCACAAUUCUUUUAUUCAAUAGGGACACAAAACAGGAGAGGCUGAUUGAAGAGGAUAAUACAAUCACUUCGUUUUCUCUUUCGGCAGAUGGUGAUUUCUUGCUUGUAAAUCUUAUGACUGAGGAGAUUCAUUUGUGGAACAUAAGGAAUGACCCCAUUCGAUGUAAACGGUACACUGGUCAUAAACGGAGCCGAUUUGUGAUAAGGUCAUGCUUUGGUGGAUCUGAGCAGUCCUUUAUUGCCAGUGGAAGUGAAGAUUCGAAGGUCUAUAUAUGGCACAGAGCCACCGGGGAUGUUAUUGAGACUCUGUCUGGCCACUCCGGCGCGGUCAACUGUGUAAGCUGGAACCCUACAAACCCACAUAUGCUUGCGUCUGCAAGCGACGAUCAUACCAUUCGUAUAUGGGGGCUGAAGAAGGCCAGCAUGAAACGAAAGGACGUCGGCAGCAGCAGUAACGGGACUUGCAUGAAUGGCAGCGCCAACGGCAACGGUUUCGUUCACCAGUGCAACGGGAGCCACAUCAAAUGAUCAUGGCUUCCUUGGUAGCCUCAUGCAAUGGAUGACCAGCAUUUGUAAAUCCCCCUUUUCCUUUGCUUUGCUUUCCUUCCUCCAGGGAGAACGACAUAGUUUAAAACAAAGCUGCAGCACAGGUGUGGGGGGGUGAAAACCUACUUGGUUUUAUGCACCAUCUCCCUUGUUCCAUCAUCACUUGUCACAUUUAUUUCUCAAUUCAAGCUGGAUACAAAUUCUGAUAUUAUGUUGCAUUUAGACUAGCUUCAUCUGCUC